GAGCCAAGAGGAGAGCCUGGCAACGGGAAGAAGUGCUUACUGCUCCUAGAAAAAGCACGUUGUAGAGUAAGAGCUUUACAGCGUGCCUGGGCGACAUUGAAACCGUUUUCAAUUAAUUCACAUAUUGUCUCUAGUCUAUUUUUUUGUUUGGCUAAAAUGACAGCGCUGUGUUUGCUUUUCAUAAGCGUAUCAAUCGCCUUCAUAACUGCAGAGCCGUCCGUUUAUCUCAGAGAGCAGUUUGAAGACGGGGAUGGCUGGAAAAGCCGAUGGGUGGAAUCCACACACAAAUCCGACUAUGGCAAGUUUGUGCUGUCGGCCGGCAAAUUUUAUGGCGAUGCAGAGAAAGACAAGGGCCUUCAGACCAGCCAGGAUGCUCACUUUUAUGCCACCUCAACUCGGUUUGAGGACUUCAGCAAUAAAGAUCAGCCACUGGUUGUGCAGUUUACAGUGAAACAUGAGCAGAGCAUAGACUGUGGAGGAGGAUACAUUAAACUUUUUCCAUCAAGCCUCAAGCAAGAGGAAAUGCAUGGAGAUUCAACAUACAAUAUAAUGUUUGGUCCUGAUAUCUGUGGCCCUGGCACUAAAAAGGUUCAUGUCAUCUUCAAUUAUAAGGGCAAGAAUCAUUUGAUCAACAAAGACAUCAGGUGCAAGGAUGAUGAAUACUCCCACCUGUACACACUCAUUGUUAAUCCAGACAACACAUAUGAGGUGAAGAUCGACAAUAAGAAGGUGGAGUCUGGAUCUCUCGAGGACGAUUGGGACUUUUUGCCAACGAAAAAGAUCAAGGAUCCAGAUGCAAAGAAGCCUGAGGACUGGGACGAACGAGAGAAGAUCGAUGACCCUGACGAUAAAAAGCCAGAGGACUGGGAUAAGCCUGAGACCAUCCCUGAUCCUGAUGCCAAAAAGCCUGAUGACUGGGAUGAAGAGAUGGAUGGGGAAUGGGAGCCUCCUAUGGUUACCAACCCUGAAUACAAGGGUGAAUGGAAGCCAAAACAGAUAGACAAUCCUGCUUACAAAGGUAAAUGGGUACACCCUGAAAUUGACAACCCUGAAUACACUCCUGAUGCUGAGAUCUACAAAUACAGCAGCUUUGGAGUGAUUGGACUGGACUUGUGGCAGGUGAAGUCUGGCACCAUUUUUGACAACUUUCUCAUUACCAAUGACCCAAAACUGGCUGAGGAGAUUGGCAAUGAAACUUGGGGUGCAACAAAGGAUGCUGAAAAAAAGAUGAAGGAUGGUCAAGAGGCGGAAGAGAGAAAGAAACGAGAGGAAGAGGACAAGAAAAAAAGCGAAGACUCAAAGGAUGACAUGGACGACGAAGAUAAAGAUGAGGAUGAAGACGAGGAAGAGGAUGAGGAGGAUGAGGACGAUGAAGAGGAAGAGGGAACAGAUGCUAAACUUAAGGACGAGCUGUAGACUUGGAAAUGAAACUUUUGCUGUGUUUUCUAUUCUCAGUGGAAAAAUAUGGCAGAGACCUAGACUUUGUUGGACAUUCUUUGUUUCUCAGCUCAGACAUUUCGGUCAGUUCUGGUGCUGCAAACAUAUUUAUAACUAAACCAUACUUCAUUGAGCUUCUUCAGCAUAACCAAGUGGUGUUCAGGGGAAAUGAUAUAUAACAGGAAUUGUUCGCAUCAAUACAGUGAGCAUAAUGGUUUAAGGAAAUUAUGCAACGUAAUUUAGGCUGGAAAAAAAAAAAGAUGGUAAACAAAGUCUUUAUGAACCACUGCUGUUCAGUUGAACACCUCAUUUUGUCCUCGGUCAUUUGUGUUAUAUAAUCUGAACAAUUGGUAGCCUCAGAUUUCUAGAAAUUGCUGUUCAUUUUCCAUACAUGGUGCAAUAUGCUUAAAUUAUGUAUGUGUCUGCGUGUGAGUGAGAAUACUGUAAUUUUUUUUGUUUGUUUAUUUCAAAAUCAAAGAAACUUAAAAGAAAAGAUUGUACUGGUAAUAUUUGACAUGGCCCCAUGCCCCUUGCACAUGUGUGAAUUAUUGUUCUCAUAAAGAAACAUUAUAACUAAUGUGGAAAUGCAGUGUUGUUCUGCAGACCUGAUGAAAGUUCUGCACAAUGAUUUAUUGAUUAGAAAGAUUAAGUAAGAAAGACUGGGUAUGGCUUUCAUAAUGUUUAUCUGCUUGAAAUUUUAUGUUUGCUGUACUGAUUCAGGCUUAAAUUAUACAACAAAUACAUUUGACCCAUGUAAAGCAAUAGUUAAGUUAAUAAAUUGUAAACAUUUGUAUAAAUGUAGUUAAUCAGUAAAGGCAUGCUUGGUCUUUUAA